AUGUUGGGCUUAUAUCACCCUUCUUACAUCCUUUUAAUUUUCUCUGUCCUAUUAUGUUCUCUCCACUGCCCUCUCGUUCUCCUCUCCUUCUUCUCAUUCUCCCUCUCUUUCUUCUUGUCUCCUUUUCUCCCAUCGCAGGUAAGCUCUUUAGAGAAACAGUUCGGAUUGUCCAGUGCUGAGUUUGGAUUUAUUAACAGUGCCAAUGAUAUUGGUUUUUUGCUUGUCGUUCUUCUAGCUAGUCAUUUCGGAAGAGAUGCGCACAUACCCAAACUGUUCUCUGUCUUAACAUUAUUUGUAGGUGUCACUGUCGGUUGCAUGAGCUUAACUUACCUCUUACGUCCAAUCAGUUAUUUAGAACUGUUGGAAAAUUCAGCUUCACUGAACGGCACCAUUGGAAAUAACUCUGUAAACGUUACAGCGGCAACGGCAAACAUAUACCUGUGUUCUGAUGGCAAGUCACGUAUUGUUGAAGAGGCGAACUGUGCGAGUAAUCAGGUAAAGAGUCACUCGGCAUAUUUCUUGUUUGUCUUCUUCAUGAUAGCACUAGGUAUAUGCAAAGGCCCAAGAUCAUCCCUUUUCCCAACCUACAUUGAUAACAAUGUGCCUGAAAAACAUCACUCUGCUAUCUUUAUCGGUAAGUAA